UCUCCUUCCUUUGUGAUUUAUCAACUUAUCCGUCAAAUAUGAUGAGAAAUAAUAUGAUUUUAUACAACUCUGCGUACACUUGGAAACUUUGACGGCUAUAAUCGGGAUGGAUUGUAUAAAAUACACUAAAAUUUGGCGAUUGAACCUCGUGAUUCAACUCUGAUGUAUACCCUGCUUAUAGAUUACAUGAAUUUCCAGGACGCAAAAUCUGUGGAAAGUAGUGAAAAUCGCGUGCCUUUGGCGGCCGCUAUUGAACCUUCAUCUCCCACAUCGAACGUGGAAAGGGAGCCACCUCUCUGUGAAACCGAAUGGAGGUCAUUUUUUAACAGCGAUGGAAGAAUUUUGAACGAGUCUGGACUGCGGAAAGCUAUUUUUAAAGGUGGAAUAAGUCAUGACAUUCGUGCAGAAGUGUGGAUGUUCUUGUUUGGAUUUUACUCUUUUAGCUCAACAUCAAGGGAACGGGAGGUGAUAACAGUGGAAAGAAUGGUUCAAUAUGAUGUCUUGAAAGAGAAAUGGCAUAAAGAACUUCAAAAUACUUUAGCAAAAGAACAGAACAGUUCAGAAGAACUGGAAAGAUACUUGAACCCAGCCUAUUGUACAAACAACAAUCCAAAUUUUGGUGUCAACAAGGAAAACCAAUCAGUCGAAGUACAACAGCAGUUGAUGUUUGCAAAAAUAGAAGCACAGAUCAAUGUGAAUAAGCAAAAGAUAAAUGUGCCAAAUUUACGACAUUAUUUAAGAACUAUCGAUAAAGAUGUCCCAAGAACUGAUCGCAAUUUAAAAUUUUAUCAAGAUCCAAAGAAUCUAUUAGCAUUGAGAAAUAUCCUUUUAACUUAUGUCGCAUUUUCACCAGACAUUGGUUAUACACAAGGAAUGAAUGAUUUGGUCAGUCGAUUUCAUGUUGUGCUUAAGUCAGAGUAUAAAACAUAUUAUUGUUUUCUCAACUUUAUGGAAAGGGUCGAGAGAGAGUUCCUUGAAGAUGGAAUGAUCAGCAAGCUAGAACUUAUCCAAACAUUGUUGAGAAAAAUGGAUUCACAGCUCUAUGACUUCUUCAAAAGUCUGGAUAUCAAAGAGUUGCUAUUUUGUCACAGAUGGCUUCUGCUAAAUUUUAAACGAGAGUUUAAUUACGAGGAUUCUCUGAAAAUAUUUGAGAUCAUCAGUAGCCAUCAUCUGGAGCUAUCGUCAUUGGAAGCAGAGAAAGAAAGGAGACAGAAAAGAGCAGAGGAAUUAAAAAACCAAGAUGGGCAAUUUUACACUGGAAUUGUUGAGGUUAACGCAGAUUUCACAUUCGAUCUAUUUAUCUGCUUGGCGAUACUGGUCUCGAAUCGUACACAAUUGAGCAACUGUAGUGAUCUUGCUUCAAUAUAUAAUACUAUCAAUGGAUUAUCAAUGAACAUGGACUUGAACAUGAUGCUUGCAAAAGCAGAGACAUUGUUUCUGAGUUACUGUCGUAAUUCUGUAGCCGACUGCUUUCAGGUAGUGGACAUAGAAAGAUAUUAAAUUACUGUAAAAUAUUAAUGUAUAUUUAUAAAUUUAUAUAUAAAAUUGUUAAAAAACCUUUAUAAAGC